AUGUUGGAAAACGACAAUGUUUUAGAAGCUAUCACAAUGAUUUUGAUCUGUUUACUAACUUUGAUUAUCAGAUAACUCUUAAAUCUUGGAAACCACAAUCUCCUAAGAGAACAAUAACAUGUGAAAUGGAAAAAAGAGUAAAAACUAUUUUAAGUUGUUUUAACAGAUUCUGAAUUCAAUACAUUGUUAGAUGAAACUAAUUACGUCGAUUGA